AUGACAAGUGGAAAUCAGACGUGGAACAUGAAAUUUAUCCUUCUGGGCUUGUCCAAUCAUCCAGGAACUCAAAGAGGCCUAUUUGCACUUUUUCUGAUAACAUAUCUUGUGACUCUGACAGGGAAUAUCCUCAUCAUACUAAUAAUCAAAAGAGACCCACAACUGCACACCCCAAUGUAUUAUUUCCUGAGCCACCUAUCUUUCCUGGACAUGUGCUACACCACCACAAUCAUCCCUCAGAUGCUGUACAACCUCCUGGCAGAUUGCAAAACCAUUUCCUUUGGGGGUUGUGUUGUGCAAAUGUUCAUCUCCCUGUCUCUUGGAGGUACUGAAUUCAUCCUGUUGGCUGUCAUGGCAUAUGACCGGUACAUGGCCAUCUGCCAUCCCUUGCGAUACAAUAUUGUUAUGAGACAGCAGCUCUGUGUGCAGAUGGCACUUGGAUGCUGGCUCUGUGGGUUUCUGAAUGCCCUGGUGCAGACAGUGUUCACUCUGCAGUUGCCAUUCUGUGAAAUAAAGACAAUCAACCAUUUUGGCUGUGAAGUGUUAGCUGUUCAGCAGUUGGCUUGUUCUAACACCUUCAUUAGGGAUACUGUGAUGCUGGGAGCAGGUGUCCUCAUUCUGCUGACCCCUUUUUUCCUGGUGCUGUUGUCUUACAUGUCCAUUCUUUCAACCAUCCUUCAUAUUCAUUCAGCAGAGGGAAGGCACAAAGCUUUUUCCACCUGUGCAGCCCACUUAACCGUGGUGAUCCUGUGCUUUGGGACAGCCAUCUUCACCUAUUUGCGUCCCAGCUCUCACAAUUCAUCCAAGCUGGGGGGAAAAACUGUCUCAUUGUUCUACUGUGUUGUCACACCAAUGCUGAAUCCCAUGAUCUACAGUCUGAGGAACAAAGAGGUAACAGGGGCCCUGGAGAGGGUCAUUGGAGGGAAGGACAAAAGGGGAAGCAUUCUAUAG